AUGACAUCCUAUGAACCCGAACUACGAAUCGCGCGCAUAAGCAGGCUAAUUGACAUCUACGAGGAGUUCAAAGAAAACGUUUAUGCGGAUUUGACCAAUCAGGAUGACUCACUCACGGCAUUGGGGGAAGAGAUUAAUCAGAUAGCGGAACAAAUCGCACAAAACGGCGAGUGUCUGCGCAACCUACUACAGCAGCACAAAGACUCCGUCUUCCCUGUGACUAAACCAGCGGUGCCAGAAUUUGAUGGCAGCCAUAUCGAACGUGCGCGAGAGCAACUGAAUAAUAAACUAGACACCCUCUUACUACUGAGCCCCGGAACGACGGGGACGUCAAUACACGCUCUAGCCUCUUCUGCCCAACCACUCCCACUUAAUACUUUACCCCCACCCCCAAUUGCUCCCAUACCACCACUAUCGGGUGGUGCGAUGCCCCCACCCGGAACUGUGCCCUUGCUCGGAGCCAUACCUCCACUGACGGUGUCGGCGGAGGGAUCCGGCGAGUCGAUUAUGGAGUCGGCGCCAUCUGGGCUACCACCGCCAUUCACUCUGCGGCCGGCGGCAUCCAUGCCGCGACUGCCACCUGGUUCGCCAGCACUCUCAGCGUCGCUACAGCCCGCGGGGCUUCCUCUGGAGGAGCUCCGUGGCUCGCUCGCGGGUGCCCGCUCGGCUGACCUCUCGCAACCGUCCUUCUCAGCACAAGACUCCGUGCGUGGGUCCUUUCCCAGCCCAGGCGGCUCCGUACCCGCCUGGGGGUCCGUGUCCGGUCAGGGAUCCGUACUGCCCGGGCCCGGGCUUCACUCCGUCCAGAAAGCCGAGAGCGACACCGCCUUGGCCGAGGUUGCCGACCCACUGCACAUUCCCGACCCUAUCCUGCCGGACCCAGUGCACCACCGGGAGCCGGUACCGCCAGAGCCGGUGCUGCUAGCGCCGGUACUGCCGGAGCCCGUGCUGCUUCAAGUUCUGGGUGACACGCCGGAGAACGACUUGUUCACCAGCGCCGACCAAUUCGAGAGUGUUGACCAACCAAACCAACGAUUUGGGAACCACCCCCCGCCUGUCCCUCCGACGGCUUAUUCCGGCCCUGACUAUCUUAACCCCAGCCGCCAAACUCAAGCUCAAGUACAGAUGCCCAACGCUGAACACUUCGGUGCCGAUAAACGGACUGAGUGCUUAGGGCAGAGCGUCGACUCCACACCCCUCGGCUUCACACCUGGUCUAGAGGCCCCACCGCCUCUCGAGACUCCACCCAAACUCGAGACACCCCCGCCGCUGUUUGAGUCCUAUGGCGAAAGGUGGAACCCAGGUCCCGCCGACCCGGAGCAGUGGGUCGCCGAACCAGACCAGUUCCAAGAACAUUUUAAUUAUAUCGGCGGAGUUCAGUGA